AUGGCCGAACUCCCUGACAAUUCGAAAUCACCAAUCCCGUUGUCUGUGUUUGAUAGCGACGUUGAUGACACCAACUUCACGUCCCCAGUCCUUUUACCAUUGACUGUGUCAAUCGAUGAUGAUGGUGCAGGAGAGCUCUCAGCACCACAGACGAAUAACACGGCCCAACUCUCUGAACCACGAAUGAUUAUAUCAUCUGGUGACUCACCCAGCCUUCUACAAGCUGCACUUAAAAGACCUGUCCUCUCCGGAACCUACCUCAACGAGCCAGCGUAUCUCGUCCAGCUGCAGUUGCACUUGUCACUGUCAGGCGGAAAUCGAAGCUGGCUCAGACGUAUACAGACGGUCGAUAUUCAUGUUCUUGUAGAGGAUGCACCGAGAGAUGAUGCGCAGAAUGCUUCAGAUGAUUCUGAUAGCAGUGACAGUGAUUACGAGGAGGAGGAAUUUCCGCAUCCAGCAAUUGUCAAGGCAUUCCCAAGCCCCAGUGGUUGGGAGGGUACACCACAAUCCGCUGAGGUGACACUCUCUCACGGAAUCGGCUUGCAAGUAGGCUACAAUCCUGCUUCUAUCUCCUACAACAUCGGCGAGUCACGCACCUGGACGAAGACCGGAGCCGUCAAGGUCAAGGUAGCACACAAAGGUCCGGGACAGAACAAAUUGCAUGUCCGGGUCGAAGAGAGCUCUGUAGACAAGGCUGGAGUUCCGGACUAUCUGUUAGUGCCCUUUAUCAUCAGACACCGAUCCCGUCGCUUUCGUAUGCGUGUUGGCAUCCACGCGCGCUUUGGCUUCUGGCGUGGAAAGCUGGCUGAAGUUGUGCCAAUUCUUGGUCGCGCUGAUGAGCCGUUGUUCUUUGAUCCGCUGGUCAUGCGUCGGACUAUGGAGAAGGGGCGGAGGGGUGUUAAUGGGGAGAAAGUCGUUGAGUGGCGUGGUGCACUGGAUGAAGUUGCGCUGCAGGAGUUUUCGUCGCUGGUCGAUAAGAAUGCUACUUAG